CCCACUACCAACUACUAUUUACCCAUAGACCUUAUACUAAGGUAUAAGAGUAUAAGGUUCUGUGGUAUAAGGUCUAUGUAUUUACCUAUGUUUUUAUUCUAGUUAUUAUCAGUAUACAAACAAAAUAAUAGAUAUCCAUAAUCCUCUUAGAUAUUGAUAAUAAUUAAUAGCAUAAGACAGUAAUUACAUUAUUAUGGUAACUUGCACUUAAGAGGACGUAUCUAUUAUUAUAGUUGACCAACCACCUCGUAAAAUCGUAAUUCUGUUGUGUAUAGAAUACGAGACACGAGUAUUAUGAACUGAUGAUAACUUAUGCAUCAAAAAACCAUUAAAAAAUCAUAAUUAUUUUUAUAUUAAUAUUUUAUAUUUAUGUUCAAGUACAAUCGAGUUUGAAAAGGACGGCUAUUUAAACAUGCAAAUUAAAUCUAUUUUCACCAUAAUGAUCUAACUUAAAUUUUUUUAAGCUAUUAAAUUUAAAUAUGAGUUUUUGGCGAGAAGCUUCUAGUGUUAUACUGCUGACAAAAUCUUCCAAUAUGAAGAAUGUUUGUCGGGAUUCGUUCAAAAUACUGUGCAUUAAAAGAAGUGCAAUCAAUUCUUACUUACCCAAUUAUACAGUCUUUCCAGGAGGAACUACAGAAAAAUCGGAUUCAUCUCCGGAAUGGACAGACAUAAUUCCAGAUUGUACAAAUUCUAAUUUAAAUGUGAAUAUAAUGGGCUACAGCGGUAGCCCAGCUAUUAAAUUUGUAUCUGAUAAUGAACAAGGUUCUAUUCCAAAAUGCCUAUCACUAAGAGUAACUGCUAUCAGAGAAACAUUUGAAGAAAGUGGUAUACUGUUGUGUAAAAAAGUGAACUGCAGCAAACCUGAGAAUUGUGCAACUGUUAAUCAUUUAGAAAUUGAUAGCAUUGACAAAUGGAGAAAAUUAGUUCAGAAAAAUGCAUCCAACUUUAUCAACUUAUGUAAUGAAAAUAGUUGUUAUCCAGAUGUUAGUGCAUUACAUUUGUGGAGUAACUGGUUAACACCUCCACUUUUGAAGACAAAAUUUGAUACAAAAUUUUUUCUUGCUUUUAUUGAAUCUUCAGUUAAUGCUAGUCCUGAUGGUGUAGAAACAUCUCAAAUGACGUGGAAUACACCAGAUGAAAUGUUAUCACAAUUUUUUAAUGGUGAUGAAAAACUUGUGACUCCUCAAUAUUAUGAACUGUUAAGAUUAAGACAGUUUACAUCAUUUACAAAAUUAACAAAUUUUGCUUGCACAAGAAGUAUUGAAGGAUGUGAACAAAUAUUACCAAUGGUUAUAGCAACCAAAGACGGAUAUUUGACAUUACUCCCUGGAGAUGGCAAGUUUAAUAAUUCAGAAAGAUAUUUAGAAGUACAAUAUGAAUUGGAUAAACAUUUACAAGAUUUUGACUCUGAUGUGAUGCAUAGACUACAUCAUACUGAAGAAUAUUUACCAAAAAAAAUAAUAAUUAAAAACUAUAUACCUAAGUGUGGACACGUACUGCCCGCAAUUCUGUAAAAUUUGAAAAUUAAGAUACAAUAGUUUAAUAUUCACCAACAUAAUGUGUCAUAAUAAUUAAUAUUGACCACAACUUAUAUGAAAAUAUCUUUGAAUUCUGCUAAACAUUGAUCUCCAUUUACCCUGAUCAAUCCAUUUAACUUUUUAUUUUUUAUUUUGUUGUUAAUUAUUUAAUUUAAUUAUUUAUUGUUUUUAAUUAAUUUUA